UCUUCACUCUAUGUAACGCCGCACACGAGGAUAACACGACGAUAAAAAAUAGUUUAUUUUCUAAAAUAUGGCUGGACAAUUCUUCAAUAGGAUUGGUCAACUAGGUUUGGGAGUAGCUCUUGUUGGCGGUGUUGUCAAUUCAGCACUUUACAAUGUUGAUGGUGGUCACAGAGCUGUCAUCUUUGACAGAUUUUCUGGUGUUAAAAAUAAUGUAAUGGGAGAAGGUACUCACUUUUUCAUUCCUUGGAUUCAGAAGCCAAUUAUCUUUGACAUCAGAUCAAGACCUAGAAAUGUGCCAGUAAUAACUGGAAGUAAAGACUUGCAAAAUGUAAAUAUUACUCUGCGUAUUCUAUUUAGACCAGUGCCUGAAUCUUUGCCAAAGAUCUAUACAAUUCUUGGUGUUGAUUAUGACGAAAGAGUCUUACCUUCCAUCACAACUGAAGUAUUGAAAGCAGUUGUUGCUCAGUUUGAUGCUGGAGAAUUGAUCACUCAACGUGAACUUGUAUCUCAAAAAGUCAGUGAAGAUUUGACAGAGAGAGCUUCUCAAUUUGGUUUCAUCUUAGAUGACAUCUCUAUUACUCAUUUAACUUUUGGUAAAGAAUUCACUCAAGCUGUUGAGUUAAAACAAGUAGCUCAACAAGAAGCAGAAAAAGCUCGUUUCCUUGUAGAAAAAGCUGAGCAACAAAAGAAAGCAGCUGUCAUCACUGCAGAGGGUGAUGCCCAAGCUGCUAGUUUAAUUGCCAAAUCUCUUUCAGAUGCUGGUGAUGGUUUGGUAGAGCUUAGGAGAAUUGAAGCUGCUGAAGAUAUUGCAUAUCAACUUGCAAGAUCUAGACAGGUUGUUUAUUUGCCACCUGGUCAAAGCACUUUGUUGAGUUUACCACAGUAAAGGAUUGUAGAAGUUGUAAAUGACUAAUAGGAAAAUGUUUACUAACAAUCAUUUUAAUAGCACUAAAUAAAUAAUAAACAUCUCCCUACUUAUUAAAAUGACACUGAAGAUAAGUAAACAUCUCCCUAUUAGUCAUUUACUAUCUGUUUUCCCUACUUUCUAUGAGCUAUAAUAGUACUAUUAAGUAGUACAUGAAAACCUUUCUUAUUUACAGAUAAUCAGAAUCCCUCUAUCAGUAAGCCUGAUUAUCAGUAAAUAAGAUAUAUUUUCAUAUCCGACUUAGUUAUACUAACAUUGCUCAUCUUAUUUUCAAUGUUUAUCUUAGUAGUACUAAGGUGAACAUUGAUUUGAAUACAGGGACAUGAUUUUAGUAUUAGUUACGCUAUCUUAAAAUUAUUUUAAGACACCGAAACUAAUCCUAACGAACAAAAAAAAGAAUCCCUCUUAGUAAUAUAUACAGAUUAUUACACAGAUGGACUAUCUUGUAUGCGAUCAUCAAUAGUGCUUUUUGUAAAAGAUAUCGUACUUAUGUAAAAAGAACAGUUUUAUAGAUUCAUUUAAAUUUUGUUUUUCACUGCAAUACGAUGUUCUUUUCAUUUUUAAAAUACCCUACACUAUUUUCUUUCAUUAUUGAAAUUUUUUAAAUAGCUCAAAGUUCUUAUUUUAAAGUAAUUUGUCAUAAUUGUCCAAGUUUGGAUUAAUAAUGACUAAUUAAGUAUGAUGAUCAAUCUUUAUCAUAGAUAUUUUCGUAAUCUUUUUUAAUUUCUAUUAAUGUAAUUAAAUUUUAGUUUUGCAUUUAAUUAAAUAAUAUUUUAAAAGCACUACUUGAUUAACAAUACUAUUAAAUAAUGAUUUUCGUAAAAACUAUCGAAAUAAUGCUACACGAAAUGUAUGUAAUACAGCAUUGAGCCAGAAAUUUUAUUCAUGAAAAAAAUCGACACGUCAAUCAAGAAUUUUUCACGAAUUCCAUCCUAAUGACCGAUCAAACACGUCGUGGCUUGCAGACUUGACUGCUUAUGUAGUAGAAGAUGAUCCAUCACACCUUCGCGUCGCCGCGGGAGAUCGCGCGCGCGUAGUUCACACCUUACGCCUCCCAGCUUUCGUCACUUGUCUUAUGAUGAUGCCCGCCUAUG